UUAUACGCACUAGUAUCCAAAAAGUGUCCCACAACUACACUGUCCUGAGGAAUAGACUCACUUCAGACACAAUGGAGGGUAAAUACGCUAUAACCCUGACGCUAUUUUUGGCGGCAGUAGCACUUGUUGCCGCACGUGAUGUGAGACAGAAGAGAUCGAUGCUCUUCCCGGGUUUGUCCAGUCAUGAGGAGAAGAGAGAGGAUAUCAACACAGCCGAAAGCGACAAGGACAUGAAUGAGAGAGAAUCUCAGGAAAGUGCCAUGCAAAUGAAGGAGUUCAUGCUGGAAAGACGUGGAAUAUUUGACUGCCGCGAGAUGUUCCAGAAAUGCAGCAUAUUUAAGCACUGUUGUGGCGAUCUGAGAUGUAACCGGAAAAAUUUUCUCAGUGGAGGAAUCUGUUUAAAAUACUUGUAAACAAAGGGCAGAUCUACCAGGCAAUAGUGGAGUGAUAAAUGCCACUAACGCUUUACGAAAGUCCUGAGCAGAAAUAUUAGGUUCCGAUAUCACAAUUUGCUGAUUAUGUGCUUAAAAUCACUUUAAGCUAACCUCCUGGUUGCAUACCAUUAGUCUCGUGAUUCAAAUUUCGUAAACUGAUGUUAGAUUAUUUAAUUAAUUUACCAACUGUUUUAUCUCUAUUGACAAUGUUAAAUUAGCGAGUAUUUUUAUUUCCCAACUGGCCAAUCUGUUGAUAUGAAAACUUACAAGCCUGAAGAAUAAAGAACGAACGUGUACAAUGCCGUAGUACAUAUAA